AUGAUGUCAAGCUUGGGAGAAGCCAAAGAUGUUGAUUUAUCUAUCGAAGAUGAAGUAAACGCGAGGCGUGGCUAUACAGGUGCUCUGAACAAUCCUAAGGUAUCCAGAAAGUCUAAGAAUGAUGCAUUAGACCUUCUCAAUGAUGAGCUUGACGGGGAUAUACCUCGGCAUUAUCUUGAUGAGGCUCCUCUAGACCAGAGUAACCCGAGUGGUAUAGGUGGCGUGGAAAAGUGA